UAGUCUAACAAUAUCUGCGCGCUAUUGGACAGUCUCUGCGAUCACAUUCAUUUUCGCUGUCUGAAGUGUCCUACGCUGGCGACGUGCGACGUCGAUCGCGAGAAGUUCGCCUCACCCGUUCGGCGUUUCCGUGGUUGUGUGGGAUUCCGAAGUUUAUUUUGGACAGUUCGUAAACAUUCGAAAAAAGCCCGUGCAGCUCCCGCCGCUUGCGUCCGCUAACAUGAAACAUGCAAAGGGCCGGACAGCCUCAAGUUUAGUCAUCGUGCAUUAAUGGAUGUAUCAGAUGCGGACUUUGACUCGUACUGGGAGAAUGAGUCUCGCAACAACAACCGCAACCGCAUUCGAGUAGGCCGACAGUACCAGGCCACUGUGCCUCCACUGCUGAGGCCAGGGGAGAGUGAUGGGCGUCGCCUGGAAGACUUGGAGACGCUCCGGUGGCGGCCCGAGAGCCUGUCGGAGCAGAGCAUCGAAGAGUACCUGUCUAUGGCCAAGGCGGUGAGCCUUUUUGCCCGCGCCAUGAACAAGUGGGGUCCCGAAGGAGGCGGAGGGCCCGAGUGCUUGCAGACGGCACUGCGUGGACUCUCGGACUUCGUGGCUUCGCACCAUGGUUGCCAACAAGACGCAGGCUGCCGCGUGGCCCAGCCCCCACCACCAACGUGGACAUCCGCUGAGGCGGGCCUGUUCGCUCGUGCCCUAGACGAAUGUGGCAAGAACUUCGGUGCCAUCAAGAAGGACUUUCUGCCCUGGAAACCGGUGAAGAGCCUGAUUGAGUUCUACUACCAGGGACGCCAUCCCAAGCAGGAACCGCAAGAGGAUGGAGAGGAAGAUGAAGGUGCUGCUGGCUGCAGUGGAGGAGGCCACUGUUCCACUGCCAACUGUGUCAAGUUUGGGGACAGGUCCAGCGCGGCCGAGAGGUCUGAGGGGUCUGUCUGGACUGUGCAGAAGGAGCCCGAGGUGAAACCCGAGCCUCCGGACGAGGACGACGAGGAGCUGCCGGCAACAGAGGAGGCGCCCGUGACUUCCCCCAUGGACGAAGGAGGUGGCAGUGAAGAGACCCGCACGGCCCCGUCGGGCCCCGAGGUGAAGCCCAUGCGUGCCAAGCCCCUGAAAGCGCCCGAAGACGCCGCCUCAGUGGCACCAGUCGGUUCGCUCAAGUUUUUUCUGG